CAUCUCACUGUGUGUGUGUGUGAGCAAAUGGCUGCGUGAUGCUUAGCUGCCUGCCAAGUUAAACCACAAAGGGGAUGCCUUGGCUGCCCAGUGUUGCUCACCCUGGGGGGGCAGCCAUAAAAUAAUCCCUAGGACCAAGGUCUCUAGCUGACCAACUGUGGCUCAGAUGCUGGCUCUUGGCCAACACAGCUCUUCAAGCGUGAACUGAUUUGACAGCUACUGUAACCACCUUGCUCUGAUAUAUCCACACAAGGACUCUUCUUUCAAGCUUUUCCUUCCUUCAUGAGCAAACUGUUUUCAUGCUAAUCUCAACUUAUUUUACUCUUGCAGGGUGCUGAAGAAAUUUCCAAGUCUGGUACAACAUCCUCGUCAGACAUGACCCCACAAUCCUCCCUAGCAUAAUAGUGCAUAAUUGCAUAUGUGUGAAUCUAAAGAGGAGAAAGCAGGUGAAUUGCUUCCUCUUUCCAACACAUUUGGCUGUGGAGUUGUAAUGCUCAGAGUGCAGUUUUUCACUCAGCAGCCACUACUUUCUUUUGCCACUCUGGGAACAUGUAGACUCCAGCGAUAACACAUUAUUAUUUUUUUUUAAUGAACAUGACCCACCUAAACAAACAGCUUGGUCAUUAAUCAUUUCAACUGAAGUAUGAUAUCAAAAGGAGUGCACUGCCUCCAGCUGGGGGAUGCCUUCCUCAUGGAGGCAUGUGUUCUCUGUGCAGCUGCAUGCCAAGCCUUCCUAAAUAUGCUCUAAUGCCACUUUUAACUGUAGGAAGACUAAGAAAUGCAUAUGUGUUUGUUAGGGGUCUCUGAUUUUACACAGGAAAAACCUUAAACAAACAACCCCGCCCACACUACACUAAACGGUAACUGGGUUCACUGCCACGCCGCGCUGGUCAUGGGCGCCCCCCAGGCUGGACCGCACCCUGCCCCCUCACAUGGGAGUUGCAGAAGGCACCAGGAGCGGUACCGGUACCGACACCGGCCCCAGCGCCCGUUUGCUGCGGCAGGCGGAUACCUGCUGCCCUCGGCUCGGCCAGUAUCCGGUGCGGCAAGGAGGCCGCUUGCGCCCUUCCUGCCGCCAUAGCAUGGUGGUGCUGUCCCCUUCCAGCCGCUGCUCCUCCUCCUUGCUCUGUCCCAGGGCGCAGGACUGACAUCACACCCAGGAUUUCCAUCUGACUGAGGGGAAGAGGAGGAGAUUGAGCGGAGCGGCAGCGUGAUGGCGGUGGUCGGAAGGACUUAAGAAGCGGCGGCACAGCACAGCGCUUACUGUUUUUUCCCAGGCUCCUCCCUGCUUGGGGGGGGAGCAAGGGGCGGCUCUAUUGUUCGAACCGGUGGGGGCUGCGGGCGAGCCCACUGUGCAGGGCUGUGAGGAGCCGGCGGUCCAGGCCCUGCGGCGGUCACGGGAGCAGUCUUCGGCUAUAGGUUACAGCACAAACCUCUUCGUGGAGUGUAGCUCUGUCUCGGGCUAGGGAGGCCGGCACGAACACACACACGCACGUAGGUAGGCAGAGGUCCGUCAUGGUUCCUUUCCCUCUCUCGUCUGGAGUUGUGCGGUGGCUUUCGAAGAUGGAUGGGGAGGUGGCUGGUACUGAGGACAGGGAGCUGGAUACCUACUGCGGAUCUAGGCUCCUGGGCCUGCUCGCUGUUAUCCGACGGGGGAGGGAGCUGUGAGAGCCGAGGCAGCUAACUGGGAUUGAGGCUUUUUCACUGGCUCCUGUGGGGGGAGCCUGUGACGAACCGGCUGGGAGCGCGGCCUUCGCUCUUCUCCGCCCGUGGGGGGCGCUGGGGGAAGUGAGCAUGGAGGACUGCGGCGGCCUUGGUGACUCUGCCAGGGAGCCUUGACCAGGAGCAGCGCCUGCGCGGGUCGUGCCACCAGCGGAGUGCUGUCUCCGGGGGGCUGGAAGCGAAUCCACGGGGGGUAGGGAUGCAGUUCUGGCCUCGGCUUCUCCCGGGAACGCCUUGGGAGCGAUCGGUCACGGGAGGCCGCGAGAGCGUGGUCGGGGCACGGGGAGGGUCGCUGCGGAGAAGGGAGCUGGCGACAAGGAGAGACUUUCGUGACGCUAAAAAGGUAAUUUGGGAAAAAAAACUUGAAUGCAUGCAAAGAACGGUUGAGUAAACACAUCACCUGGAAAACACAGAGUACCAGGAAGUGGAUUCUUGACAUCCACCUUGUAACCUGAGUGACUUCUAUUUAUCUUUUAAACUUCUUAAUAUUUACAAUGAAUGGGCACAGUGAUGAAGAACGUGUAAGAAACAGUAGUGGAGAGUCAAGCCAAUCAGAUGAUGAUUCUGGGUCAACAUCGGCUUCUGGAUCUGGUUCAAGCUCUGGAAGCAGUAGUGAUGGAAGUAGCAGUCAGUCAGGUAGCAGUGACUCUGAGUCUGGUUCAGAGUCAGGCAGUCAAUCAGAAUCUGACACAUCUGGAGAGAAGAAACAAGUUCAAGCUAAACCACCAAAAGUUGAUGGAUCUGAGACCCCAGAACUGGAUGCAGUACUCCAGGAUUUAUCGAGCAGUGAAGAUUCUGCAGAUGACUCAUCUAGUGAAACCAAAAAGAAAAGACAUAGAGAUGAAGACUGGCAAAUGUCUGGGUCAGGGUCAGUAUCGGGAACUGGUUCUGAUUCUGAAUCAGAGGAAGAUAGAGAGAAAAGCAGUUGUGAAGAGAGUGAAUCUGACUAUGAGCCAAAAAACAAGGUCAAAAGCCGGAAACCUCCAAGGAGAAUUAAGCCAAAAAGUGGCAAAAAGAAUGCAGGACAGAAAAAGAGGCAGCUUGAUUCAUCAGAUGAUGAUGAUGACGAUUAUGACAAGAGAGGAUCUCGUCGCCAGGCAACAGUCAAUGUUAGUUACAAAGAAGCUGAAGAAGCUAAGACAGAUUCUGAUGACUUGCUGGAAGUUUGUGGAGAAGAUGUCCCACAGCCUGAAGAAGAUGAAUUUGAAACUAUAGAGAAGUUUAUGGAUAGUCGAAUUGGCCGAAAAGGAGCCACUGGUGCUGCAACCACUAUCUAUGCAGUCGAGGCAGAUGGUGACCCAAAUAUUGGUUUUGAAAAGUCAAAGGAGCCAGGAGAAGUUCAGUAUCUUAUUAAAUGGAAAGGUUGGUCACACAUACAUAAUACUUGGGAAACUGAGGAAACCCUGAAGCAACAAAAUGUUAAAGGAAUGAAGAAACUGGACAACUAUAAGAAAAAGUAUCAGGAAACAAAACGAUGGCUGAAAAAUGCUUCUCCAGAAGAUGUGGAAUAUUAUAACUGCCAGCAGGAACUUACAGAUGAUCUACAUAAACAAUAUCAAGUAGUGGAAAGGAUAAUUGCUCAUUCAAAUCAGAAAUCAGCAGCUGGUUAUCCAGAUUACUAUUGCAAAUGGCAGGGUCUGCCUUACUCAGAAUGUAGCUGGGAAGACGGUGCUCUCAUUGCCAAAAAAUUUCAGGCAUGUAUUGAUGAGUAUUUUAGCAGAAAUCAGUCCAAGACCACUCCAUUUAAGGACUGCAAGAUUCUUAAACAGAGGCCAAGGUUUGUUGCACUAAAGAAGCAGCCAUCUUAUAUUGGAGGACAUGAGAGUUUAGAGUUAAGAGAUUAUCAGUUAAAUGGACUGAAUUGGCUUGCUCACUCAUGGUGCAAAGGGAAUAGUUGUAUUCUUGCAGAUGAAAUGGGUCUGGGAAAAACAAUACAAACAAUUUCUUUUCUGAACUACCUGUUCCAUGAACAUCAACUGUAUGGGCCUUUUUUGCUGGUCGUGCCACUUUCUACCUUGACAUCUUGGCAAAGAGAGAUUCAAACUUGGGCUCCUCAGAUGAAUGCUGUGGUUUACUUAGGAGAUAUAACUAGCAGAAAUAUGAUAAGAACUCAUGAAUGGCUGCAUCCACAGAUCAAACGAUUAAAAUUUAAUAUACUUCUAACAACUUAUGAAAUUUUGCUGAAGGAUAAGUCAUUCCUUGGUGGUCUGAAUUGGGUGUUUAUAGGGGUUGACGAAGCUCAUCGUUUAAAAAAUGAUGAUUCCCUUCUGUACAAGACUUUAAUAGACUUCAAGUCUAAUCAUCGUCUUCUUAUUACUGGAACCCCUCUGCAAAACUCCCUCAAAGAGCUUUGGUCUUUGCUGCACUUCAUCAUGCCAGAAAAGUUUUCUUCCUGGGAAGAUUUUGAAGAGGAGCAUGGCAAAGGGAGAGAGUUUGGUUAUGCAAGUCUUCACAAAGAACUUGAACCGUUUCUACUCAGAAGAGUUAAAAAAGAUGUAGAAAAGUCUUUACCUGCUAAGGUUGAGCAAAUUUUGAGGAUGGAAAUGAGUGCAUUACAGAAGCAAUAUUACAAGUGGAUUUUAACCAGGAAUUAUAAAGCCCUGAGUAAAGGUUCAAAAGGCAGUACCUCAGGCUUUUUGAACAUCAUGAUGGAACUCAAGAAGUGUUGUAACCAUUGCUACCUCAUUAAACCACCAGAUGAUAAUGAAUUCUAUAAUAAACAGGAGGCCUUACAGCAUUUAAUACGAAGCAGUGGGAAACUAAUCCUUCUUGACAAGCUACUGAUUCGUCUACGAGAACGUGGCAACAGAGUACUGAUUUUCUCUCAGAUGGUGAGGAUGCUAGACAUCCUAGCAGAAUAUUUGAAGUAUCGUCAGUUUCCUUUUCAGAGACUUGAUGGAUCAAUAAAAGGGGAAUUGAGGAAACAAGCACUGGAUCAUUUUAAUGCAGAAGGAUCAGAGGAUUUCUGCUUUUUGCUGUCUACCAGGGCUGGAGGAUUAGGUAUAAACUUGGCAUCUGCUGACACUGUAGUUAUAUUUGAUUCUGACUGGAAUCCACAAAAUGAUCUGCAAGCGCAGGCUAGAGCUCAUAGGAUUGGACAGAAAAAACAGGUUAAUAUUUAUCGGCUAGUCACAAAAGGAUCAGUAGAAGAAGAUAUUCUUGAAAGAGCCAAGAAAAAGAUGGUGUUAGAUCACUUAGUGAUUCAGAGAAUGGACACUACAGGGAAAACAGUACUACAUACAGGCUCUACUCCUUCAAGCUCAACACCUUUUAAUAAGGAAGAGUUAUCAGCAAUUUUGAAGUUUGGUGCUGAGGAACUCUUUAAAGAACCUGAAGGGGAAGAAGAGGAGCCUCAGGAAAUGGAUAUAGAUGAAAUCCUGAAGAGGGCUGAAACUCGAGAAAAUGAGCCAGGCCCAUUAACUGUAGGAGAUGAGUUACUUUCUCAGUUCAAGGUAGCUAACUUUUCUAAUAUGGAUGAAGAUGACAUUGAAUUGGAACCAGAACAAAAUUUAAGAAGUUGGGAAGAAAUCAUUCCAGAAGUCCAGCGGCGACGAAUAGAAGAGGAGGAAAGACAAAAAGAACUUGAAGAAAUAUAUAUGCUCCCAAGGAUGAGGAACUGUGCAAAACAGAUUAGCUUUAAUGGAAAUGAAGGGAGACACAGUAGGAGCAGAAGAUAUUCUGGAUCUGAUAGUGAUUCUGUCUCAGAAAGAAAACGACCAAAAAAACGUGGACGACCACGAACUAUUCCUCGAGAAAAUAUUAAAGGAUUUAGUGAUGCAGAGAUUAGACGAUUUAUCAAGAGUUACAAGAAAUUUGGUGGCCCACUUGAAAGGUUAGAUGCUAUAGCUAGAGAUGCUGAGCUAGUUGAUAAAUCGGAAACAGACCUUAGACGUCUGGGAGAACUUGUACAUAAUGGAUGCAUUAAGGCUUUAAGGGACAAUGCCUUUGGACAAGAAAGAUCAGGAGGUGGACUUGGGAAAGUUAAAGGCCCAACAUUCCGAAUAUCAGGAGUGCAGGUGAAUGCAAAGCUAGUCAUCUCCCAUGAAGAAGAGUUGGCACCAUUGCACAAAUCCAUUCCUUUAGAUCCAGAAGAAAGGAAAAGAUAUGUCAUCCCAUGCCACACCAAGGCAGCUCAUUUUGAUACAGAUUGGGGUAAGGAAGAUGAUUCCAAUCUGUUAAUAGGUAUCUAUGAGUAUGGUUAUGGCAGCUGGGAAAUGAUAAAAAUGGAUCCUGAUCUCAGUUUGACGCAGAAGAUUUUACCUGAUGAUCCAGACAAGAAACCCCAGGCCAAGCAGUUACAGACCCGUGCAGACUACCUCAUUAAAUUACUGAAUAAAGACCUUGCAAGAAAGGAAGCACAGAGACUUGCUGGUGCAGGCAAUUCAAAGAGGAGGAAAACAAGAAGUAAGAAGAGUAAAGCAACAAAGGCUGCAAAAAUAAAAGAAGAAAUAAAAAGUGACUCCUUGUCAGCACCCUCAGAAAAAUCUGAUGAAGAUAAUGAAGAUAAUGAGGAUGAGAUUGUUUCAGUGAAACAUCCGCAUAAAAAAGUAAAAGCAGAAAAAGAAAAUGAAGAAAAGCAUGAGCCAGAUAUUGGUAUAAAAAAGGAAGCUGAAGAAAAAAGAGAGACAAAAGAAAAGGAAAUUAAGAGGGAUUUGAAAAGGGAGAAAAAAGAAAAGGAGGAUAAGAAAGAAUUUAAAUAUAUUAAAGAAAAGAGAGAAAACAAAGUAAAGGAAUCCACACAGAAAGAAAAAGAAGUAAAGGAAGAGAAGGUAAAUGAAAUCAAAUCUGAAAAUAAAGAAAAAAAUAAAAAAGUUCCAUUGUUGGAUAUUCCAGUUCAUAUUACUGCAACUAGUGAACCAGUUCCUAUAUCUGAAGAAUCUGAAGAACUGGAUCAGAAGACAUUCAGUGUGUGCAAAGAAAGAAUGAGGCCUGUCAAAGCAGCAUUGAAACAACUGGAUCGACCAGAGAAAGGCCUUUCUGAAAGGGAACAGCUAGAACAUACUAGACAGUGCCUAAUCAAAAUUGGGGACCAUAUUACUGAAUGUCUAAAGGAGUACCCAAAUCCUGAACAAAUUAAACAAUGGAGAAAAAACUUGUGGAUUUUUGUCUCCAAGUUUACAGAAUUUGAUGCCAGAAAGCUGCACAAGCUGUAUAAACAUGCAAUCAAAAAACGCCAAGAAUCUCAGCAACAUAAUGAUCAGAACAUUAGCAGCAAUGUGAAUACACAAGUAAUUAGAAAUCCAGAUGUCGAAUUAAUGAAAGAGAAUACAAACCAUGAUGACAGUAGCAGGGACAGUUAUUCUUCUGAUAGACAUUUGUCACAAUACCGUGAUCAUCAUAAGGACAGGCAUCAGGGAGAUGCUUGUAAGAAAACUGACUCUAGGAAAAGGCCCUAUUCAGCCUUCAGCAAUGGAAAAGAUCAUAGAGAGUGGGAUCACUACAAACAAGACAGCAGAUACUAUAGUGAUAGUAAACAUAGGAAGCUGGAUGACCACAGGAGCAGAGAUCACAGGUCAAACCUGGAAGGAAGUUUAAAAGAUAGUAGGCCUCAUUCAGAUCACCGUUCCCAUUCAGACCACAGGAUGCAUUCAGAUCACUGUUCAAUUUCAGAGUACAGCCAUCAUAAAUCUUCCAGAGAUUAUAGGUACCACUCAGACUGGCAAAUGGACCACAGAGCUUCUGGUAGUGGCUCAAGGUCACCAUUAGAUCAGAGGUCUCCUUAUGGUUCAAGAUCUCCAUUUGAACGCUCAUCAGAUCACAAAAAUACACCUGAACAUACAUGGAGUAGCCGAAAAACAUAACAAAGACUGACAUUUUCUGGACCUUCUUUUAGCCAUAUACAGUAAGCUAACACAGUAAUUGCCUUAUGUGACUUGAAAGACUGGAUAUUCUAUCAGUAGCAGCAUUGUUACUUCUUCCCAGGAUGCAAGGUCUAUUAUCCCAACAAAAGAAAAAUAUUUUUGUAUUUAAAGUUUAUGCUGCACAGUGCUGCAAAUGUUGUGGCACUUUUUCUCUCUCUCUUUUUUUUUUUUUUUUUUACAGGGACCUCAACACUAUCCCAUCAAGACUGGAUCUUAUAAAACUGUUUUUAGGCUGAACACAGUUUAAAUUGUUUAUAAAUUAAUUUUUAAACACUGCCAUACGAUCAUGUUUCAAGAAGGAAUGAGGAGUUUGCUUUGUUUUCUUAGUAAAGAAUUCUCACUUUCCAAAACUGUAUGUUUACAUUGUACACUGCAACCACCUUGCCGCUUUUCAUAACAAGCUUGAAUAUUUAAAUUCUUUAUCUAUAACUGUAACAUAGCCAGGAUUUCUUCUGUUUGUGAUCAGUUGUAAUAAUGCCUUUUUACAAAAAAAAAACCAACAUAAAUAAAAAUAAAUCACUGCAAAUUACUGCAAAUUAAUUAACUUUUUUUUUUCUCUUGUUCCUUUCCCCACCAGCUCAGGCCUUCUUGUCACAAGUAUGAAAAAAAAGUCAGUGUGCUAAUUCUUUUUAAUAAAAUAUCUUGAUGAAACCACUGUUCAGAAUGUAGAAAUGGGGAAAGGGAACAUUUUUAUUCCAUUUGUGCCCCUUUUUUAUUUGAUAAUUCAGAUACAUGUUUUUUUUUUUGUUUGUUUCUAUUAAACUGUCAAUAUCGUGAUUUGUUGUAAUGAAAUGAUGAGAAAUAUUGAAUUAAAUUGUGUUCCGGAAAGUUUUUUUUCCGGUCCGUUAGUUUUAAAGGAGUGUUCAAUAUCUGAACACUUAAGAAUCAAAAUUAGCCAAAAUUUAUUGUACAUCCAUUUGUUUUCCUUCUUAAAAUGGGCAAUAAUGGCAAAUGUGCUAUGCAGCCAGAUAAUAUUUUAGAAGAUUUGAAUGACUUUAUUAAUAGAAUUGUUACAAUGCACACUGAUUGUACAUAGAUAACAUCUAUCUGACAAAUUAAAUUUAAACAAAGUGUGUGUGGGCUCUUGUUUUUAGCUGGUAUUUUUCUACAGUGUACAUUUCUCAUAUUUAACCAUAAAAAUAUUAAACUAUGUACUAAACUUUAGUACACAACAUAAUUAGGGAAGAUAAAUGUCUACACUGGCAUGUGGUUGGAGCUACUCUGUUGCUUCAGUUUUUCUUGUCUUACAACAUGUUGAGUGUUUUUUCUGAUUAAUUAUGUUUACAGGAACAAAUCGACAAAUCUGGUGGCCUUCUAUGAUGGGAUUACAGGUAAUCCCUUCUAUGAUGGGAUUAUUGGUAGAUAAGGGAAAAGCAACUGCUGUCAUCUACCUGGACUUGUGCAAAGCAUGCAACGCUUUCUCACACAAUAUCCUUGUCUCUAAAUUGAUAGAUGGAUCACUCAGUGGCUAAGGAAUUGGCUGGAUCGUCGCACUCAAAAAGUUGCAGUCAACGGCUCAAUGUCCAGGUAGAGAACAGUGAUGAGUGGUGUCCCUCAGGGCUUGGUAUUGGGACCAGUGCUGUUUAACAUAUUUGUCGGUGACGUGGAUGGUGGGAUUGAGUGCAACCUCAGCAAGUUUGCUGAUGACACCAAGCUGUGUGGUGCGGUCGACACGCUGGAGGGAAGGGAUGCCAUCCAGAGGGACCUUGACAGGCUUGAGAAGUGGGCCUGUGCAAACCUCAUGAAGGUCAUGCGUAAGGUCCUACACCUGGCUCAGGGCAAUCCAAGCACAAAUACAGACUAGGUGGAGAAUGGAUUGAGAGCAGCUCUGAGGAGAAGGACUUGGGAGUGCUGGUUGAUGAGAAGCUCGACAAGAGCAGGUAAUGGGCACUCGCAGCCAAGAAAGCCAGCCGUAUCCUUGGUUGCAUCAAAAGAAGCAUGACCAGCAGGUCAAGGGAGGAGAUUCUCCCUCUCUACUCUGCUCUCGUGAGUACUGUGUUCAG